CUUUGCUCUUUUGCAAGGUUUUGAAUUUGCGAGUCCUCCGGAAAGUUCAGUUAAAUUUGACCGGAGAGUUGCCAGGCUUUUUGAAGGAUACAGCUCAUAUCCGAACUGAUCCCAGCUGGAGAGUGAGCCCGGUUCCAGAAAGAUUACACUGCAGACAUGUGGAUGUCGGUGACCUUUCACCCUGUAAUACACAACGUCUUAUAAUGGGACUCAAAUCUCCUGCCCAAGGUUUACAGAUUGAUUUUGAUGAUGGAAAUUGCCCAACAUACCUCAAUCAAAUAAAGGGUAUUUAUAAUGUUUAUCAGGCUGUGCACAACCAGUUUCAGGAUGUACCACCAAUUUCUCAGGCUCCAGUGCUGAUGCUCCGUCCUCGAGCAUGGAACAUGGUGGAGCACAACAUGAUGGUGAAUGGUCGAGAGGUUCCAGGUCCACUGUUUGAUUUUGGCUUGCUGAUGUUUCAUAAUGCAAAACUACUUCUUCAAAACCAGAGUGGCCCUUUUUUCUACUUGUCCAAGGUUGAGAGCUACAUGGAGGAUUUGGCUUAA